AAUGAGAGGGGAAAUUUACAAUUACCCCGGGCAGAUGCCAUUCGCUCUAAGCUGAUCUAUACAUUUUACUUGAUAGAUCACUUUGAGGGGCUGAGCCAUGCGGUGCCACGGUAUAACAUACAAGAUUUUGUGGAUUCCAAGAAGCGGAAGAAACUGAUGCUCAUGGAUCACCACCAACUGGUUCGCUUCCAUGUUGUGCCCACCCGAAAUAUCAUGGUGACUCAAGAGAAACGCUGGCGCAACCGUAUCGAAGUGCGUUGCAGCCGUUGGCCCCCUUUGAAGAUGUGGGUGUCUUCAGUUCUGAACAGCCGAACAUUCAAGGGCUUUAUCAUCUUUCUUAUCUUCUUGAACAUGGUAGUCCUCAUGGUCUCAACGGAGAUAAUGGGGAAGAGGGGAAACAUCUAUGUAAAAAUUACCAGGGUCCUGGAGGUGAUCGUUUGGAUCAUUUUACAGAUCUUUCUGACAGAGAUUGGGUUGCAUUGGUUCGUGAGCUUUCAGAGAUACUGGAAAAAUCCCUGGAAUAUCUUUGAUUUCGUAGUGACCAUCGUCUCUGUCAUACCAGAACUAAUAUAUGCAUUUCAGAAGUACCAGAGUAUAACAACUGACCGACUUCUGCUGUUAAGCCGUGUACUGCGUUGCCUAAAGCUCUUUCCAAGAGUCCGACAAGUCCGGGUUCUCAUCAUGGCUAUUGCCAAAGCCCUGAAAGCGAUGGCCUUCAUUUUGGUUCUCCUUGCCUUCCUCUUCUAUGUCUUUGCUGUGUCGGGCAUCUUCUUUUUUGACAGUUACACCCAUUCAACCAGGAUGGACCUGACUUACAAAAUGUAUUUCAUGGACAUGCCCAAUGCUCUAGUAACCAUCUUCAUUCUCUUCACCAUGGACCACUGGUACGCUCUGUUGCAAGAUUCAUGGAAAGUCCCAGAGAUAAACAAGGUGGUCAGUGGUAUAUUUGUCUGUCUAUGGCUUCUGAUUGGGGCAUUUAUUUUUAGGAAUCUCUUUGUUGCCAUUAUGGUCACCAAUUUCCAGGUCAUCCGAAGUGACCUAAGUGAAGAGGUGAGACAGAUAGAGACUCAGACGCAAGCUGACAAAUUCAAAAUGGAGAUCAUGGAAAAGAAAUUCAGCCAGAUUCGGACAUCUAUGGACAAAGACAUUACAUUCAGAGAAAGGUUCACCAUGGAUCCUGCAUUAAUUCAAGCUGCAGACAAUCAAGAUUCCACCCAUGAUGAAAUGUCUCCUGGAAUUUUGGACUGGGAGACUUACAUCCACAAGAACCUACCAGGACUCUAUGCUGCUGAUGAAGAUGAACAGGUGCUUUGGCCACGUGACUCCCUCUUCCGCUACUUUGAGUUGUUGGAGAAGUUGCAGCAUAACUUAGAGGAACGCAAGGAACUUCAGCACUACAUGGUGUUGGCUCUUUCCAACCUUGAGGACAAGUAG